GAGGGGGGGGGGACCCAUAAACUCGAAAGCAAUUCUUAACUAUUUUACAAGUUAGAAAAAAGGUUUGUUUGGUGUUCUUUUUAGUAAAAAUCAACCUAAAUUAAAUUAGUAUUACCCCAGAAAUUGAUGGUAAAGGUGGACCAGACAGCUAUGACCAGAAUGACUUGUUUUAUUUUGUUAAUUUUUUCCACAGAUGCUCUUUGGAUGACAAAAAAUAAUAAACAUGAUACGGCAUGCACAUAACCAGUCUGGUCAACCAUUGAACUAGACAGUGUAAGCUAUUAUUGUGUUCUCUGGAAUAUACAUCAUCGUUGUUUGCUCAUUUCUCGUUAUUUUUUACAGCCAACCCCAACGAUGACGAGUCCAAAUAAAACGGAUAGCCCUACAAGCAGUGCCACUCCAUGCAUGAAGAAGCCAACCCCAACGAUGACGAAUCCAAAUAAAACGGCUAGCCCUACAAGCAGUGCCACUCCAUGCAUGAAGAAGCCAACCCCAACGAUGACGAGUCCAAAUAAAACGGAUAGCCCUACAAGCAGUGCCACUCCAUGCAUGAAGAAGAAGAAGUCUGACCGUCUGUUAAGUGUCCUUGGUCUACCAGCUACAAUCAUCUUCAAGUUACUUGAUGCAGACUUUGUGCAUGAUGAAGAUGUUCAAGGCCUGACACCCAUGGAACUUAGUUCAGCCACAGGACUGACUUUGAAGGAGAGUGCUGAGGUAGUGAGGUUAUCCGCAGCUUCCAGUAUAGAACAGCCUGUAACCAUACUCCAAAUGCUUAAAGAACAGUGUGAGGUGCCAUAUAUUGCAACCUUCUGUGAGGCUCUGGACAGUCUACUGGGUGGUGGUAUUCCAUUGCGUGCUAUUACUGAAAUAUAUGGCACUCCAGGCAUUGGAAAAACUCAAAUGUGUUUACAAGCUUGUGUGUCGGUGCAGCUUCCCAGCAGUGUUGGUGGAGUUGGGGGAGAGGCCUUGUUUAUAGACACUGAAGGCAGUUUCACCGCUGGCAGGUUGAAAGAUAUGGCUACCGAUGCAAUUCAACAUGCACAAACCAUAGGUGGUAAAAAUGUUGACACAUCAGAUUUUACCGACAUCUCUAUACUGAAGGGAAUACAUUAUUUCAGGUGUCUCAAUUACAUUGAGAUUGUAGCUGUAAUAAAGCACUUGCCAUCUCUUCUCAAGUCCAACCCCAAAAUGCACCUUAUUGUUAUUGAUUCUAUUGCCUUCCAUUUUCGUCAUGAUUUUCCUAACGUGAAGGCUCGGGCAGGAUUGUUGUGCCACAUGACUCAAGAACUCAUCCAGCUGGCCACAAAAUUUAACUUGGCAGUGAUAGUUACCAACCAGAUGACUACCAAAAUAGAGUGUGAAGGGUCUUCAGAACUGGUGGCAGCAUUAGGAGAAACGUGGGGUCAUUGCCCAACACUGAGACUUGCUCUUCACUGGUCUGGAGAGACAAGAGUCGCUACACUUACUAAGGCACCACAUCGAAGAAAUUCUUCUGUAAACUAUCAGGUAACAUUGGCUGGUAUAAGGGACUUGCCAUCUGUGGAUGCAGAAACAGUGAACACACACACAACAGAGAUGCCAGAGACCAAGAAGAGGAAGUUGCCCAAUGACUGAUGGAUAAAACUUCCUUUCUAUGCAUUAAUUGAGGAUGGAUAAAAUAUUUUGUAUGUAUUAAUCUUAGUUCCUAACUGCACACAGAUUAAAGUUUAAUAAAUCAUAUGUA